AUGCACGGAGCGGCCCGCGCUCCGGCCACCAGCGUGAGUGCCGACUGCUGCAUCCCGGCGGGCCUGCGCCUCGGGCCCGUGCCCGGAACCUUCAAGCUGGGCAAGUACCUGUCAGACCGCAGGGAACCCGGGCCCAAGAAAAAGGUGCGCAUGGUGAGAGGGGAGCUGGUGGACGAGUCGGGGGGCUCUCCUCUCGAAUGGAUAGGGUUAAUCCGGGCAGCCAGGAACCCCCAGGAACAGACUCUGGAAGCUAUUGCAGACUUACCCGGAGGACAGAUCUUCUACCGAGCACUGCGAGACGUCCAGCCAGGGGAGGAGCUGACCGUGUGGUAUUCCAACUCCUUAGCUCAAUGGUUCGACAUCCCUACGAUUGCGACUCCCACGCACGACGAAAAAGGGGAGGAGCGCUACAUUUGCUGGUACUGCUGGAGGACGUUUAGAUACCCCAACAGCCUUAAGGCCCACCUGCGCUUCCACUGCGGGCUCAGCAGCGGCGGCGGGGGCCGAGCCUACCUGCACCCCGAGCACGCGGCUCGCCAGGGCGCCGCCGAUGGCCUUCCCUUCUCUCCGAGACCCCCGGCGCCCGACUUCGCCGCGGCCGCGCCCGCGGGCACGCUGCGGCCCCCCCCGCACGCCCCGCCGCCCCUCCAGGCCUGCGGGGCGCGGGAGGGCAUCAAGCGCGAGGCCCCCGCGGCGCCCCCCGCCGCCUCGCCGCCGCCCGCCAAGUGGGGGCCGUCGCGGAAGGCCAGGGAGCAGCCGGACCGCGCCGCGGACGUGAGCGGGGCCGCCCGGGGACACGGCCACCUGGUCGGCGUCGUGGGCGGCUCCCCCGCGGGCGGCGGCCUGGCCUUCCACCCCGGGGCGCGCUCCGCUUUCAAGCCCGCCGGCUCGGCCCGGGCGGCCGCGGCCGCACACGGCGACCCCUGCCGGGAGGAGGGCGGCGGCAAACCCGGGCCCGGCCUGGCCGCGGGCAGGCUGCUGGGCGGCGGGCGGGCGGGCGGGCGGCCGGGCAGCGGGGACAGCCCGGCGGCGGGCGGCGCGGGCCACCACCAUCACCACCACGCGCACCACCACCAUCACCACCCCAAGUGCCUGCUCGCGGGGGACCCGCCGCCGCCGCCGCCGCCGCCGCCGCCGCCGCCGCCCGGCCUGCCCUGCGCGGGGGCCCUGCGCGGCUUCCCUCUGCUCCCCGGGCCCCCGGACGAGGCGUCGGCCUUCACGCAGGUGGAGCGCGCCCAGCCCGCCGCCGCCGCGCUGCCCGGAGCGCGUUUCGCCCCGCUGGCCCCCGCCGCCGCGCUGCCCGGCCUCGACGCGGGCGGCCUCAAGGCCUACCCGGCUGGCGAGUGCGGCCCCCUGCCCGCCGUCAUGCCGGCCUUCACCGUCUACAACGGGGAGCUUCUGUACGGCUCGCCGGCCGCCGCCGCGUAUUACCCGCUCAAGCUGCACUUCGGCGGGCUGCUCAAGUACCCGGACUCCAUCUCGUACUUCAGCGCACCUGCCGCGGCGGCGGCGGCGGCGGCGGCGGCGGCGGCGGCCGCUCUAAGCCCCGCGGAGCUGGGCUCCCUGGCCGGCAUCGACCGGGAGCUCGCCAUGCACGCGCAGCAGCUGUCGGGGCUGGCGGCGGGGAAGAGCCGCGGCCGCCUGGACCCGGGGGCGCUGGCGCCGGCCGUGGUGGCUGCGGGCGGCGCGGGGGGCGGCGGCGGCGCGGGAGGCGGUGCGGGCAAGCCCAAGACCGGCCACCUGUGCCUCUACUGCGGCAAGUUGUACUCGCGCAAGUACGGGCUCAAGAUUCACAUGCGGACGCACACCGGCUACAAGCCGCUCAAGUGCAAAGUGUGCCUGCGGCCCUUCGGCGACCCCAGCAACCUGAACAAGCACAUCCGGCUGCACGCCGAGGGCAACACGCCCUACCGCUGCGAGUUCUGCGGCAAGGUGCUGGUGCGCCGCCGGGACCUGGAGCGGCAUGUCAAGUCCCGCCACCCCGGACAGAACCUGCUCGCCAAGGCGGCCGACGGCCCGGGCGCGGGGCCCGACUACCUCCCGGAGCCCGGGGAGCCCAAGAGCGACAACGACAGCGACGUGGACGUCUGCUUCACGGACGACCAGAGCGACCCCGAGGCUGGGGGCGGCGGCCAGCGCCACGCGUAA